CGGGGCGAGAGGUGGGACGGGAGGGACGAUAUCCAUCCCUCGCCAUUUUCCGUCAAGCUCAACUCAAUCAAGUUAGCUUCUGUCAGUCGCUGUGUUUGUGUAUAGUGUUGUGAAAAAUUAUUUGUGUCGAUGAAUCUCAAUGGGAAAUCGUGCUGAUUGCGACUCCAAACGAUGGGUCGAUUAUUAUGUUUGUGGCUUUAAUGCAUCUUUCGAUCAGUGAUAAUGGCCAAGUGAUUGGUAAAGUGGAGUGUUUUGUGUCGUAUGCUGGGCUCUCACGGCUACUGUGAGAUCCUUCCUCUGGAUAAAUCGUCCCCAAGACGACGUCAGAACACAGAACAGAAAGGUGACACACCAUGUCGUCGAAAAACAUACCAGGAGAUAAGAUAAAUCUUCGGUUAAUCCUGGUGUCGGGCAAGACGAAGGAAUUCGUGUUCAGUCCCGUAGACUCGGCAGGCGACAUCGCGAUACAUGUCUACGACAACUGGCCUGAAGCGGACUGGGCAACAGAAUGCGUGUCGCGCGCGGAGAUCCUGCGACUGAUUUACCAGGGCCGGUUCUUGCACAGCUCAGUGACGCUGGGUGCACUCGGCCUGCCGCUCGGACGCACCACCGUCAUGCAUCUAGUGCCGCGCGAGCACUUGCCCGAGCCUAACUCACAUGAUCAACGGCAAAAAAGUAAAGGUGGUUCCAGCAGUUGUUGUUCAGCGUCCUGCUGCAUAUUGUAAUAGCUUCCUGCGUGAGGGAGACGCACUUACACGAGCGGCAGUGGGCGUGAGUGAGACAGCCGACAGCGUUGCCGGGACGGACUCCAAUGUGUUCAGUGUAGAAGCCAGGAUACCAUGUCGCCCAGAACAGUACUUGUCACGUUUCUAAACGAAGUAUCAACACAUUGAGACGCAAGCGUAGCUCACUGAUAUCUUUUAUUGUCAAUUGUCGUAGUUAUAAUUUAAUAAUAUCAAUCGUGCACAACAUACGAGACCAUAAAGGAUCAAGACGCACAUCAAUCGAGGCUUGGUUUGGAAACGUCGCAAGUAUCAAUAUCGUCGAUACGUCUCGACAGGUCGAGUACGGUCAGCAGAACGAUACUGUAUAUCUCACCGCGUAACUUAUAGCUCGUUUUAUAGAUAUCAUGCUGCCCAAAUACGUUAACGUUAGUAGAUAUAUGGGAUAAGGUUCGUCGGUAUAAGUAAGCCUAUGAUUUGAAUAGUUCCUGGACGUAAUAGGUAUUUGGCUUCACAUCAAUAUUUUACUUUAUCCCGGCUAGCAACAUUAAUUUACAAAUGUUAGUAUUAUUAUUUAGGCCAUC